CGGCCCGCAAUGCCCGGAGCUCUGCGGGGCUGGGCAUGGCCGGGAGCGCAGCCCGGGGCGGGCGGGGCUGUCCCGCAGCACGGCCGGCGGGAAGGGCAUUUCGGGGAGUUACACCAGUUCUGGCCAGAGCAUUGCAAAAGGAGCGCCCGAGUUAAACAGCAUCGAGGAAGGAGAAGCGCACCUGCCCGUGGGCUUGGAACGGAGCUGCCCACCCGGGAGGGGCCCCGGGACCCCCUCCCGACCAAGGGACCCUGCGGAGCUCCGGGGGAGCACGGAGAGAUCGCCUUUCCUUCCCAGCCCCUGCGCGGAGGAAAACACAGACCACACAAAGGGCGCGCCAGACGAAGAUAACGAGAAGGAGCCGGUCCGGCCGCCAGACGUACCUUGCCCUGUCCGGCUCCCGCGCCAGGCCCCGCGCCAGGCCCCGCGCCAGGCCCCGCGCCAGGCCCCGCUCCAGUCCGGGGCGACCCCGGCCCCGCACACGGACCCGCUCCAGCCCGGGGCGACCCCGGCCCCGCACACGGCGCUGCCCCGGCCCCGGCACGGCCCGAACCGCCCCCGCGAGGCGCGUCCGGGGCGGGGCCUGACCAGGGGCGGGGCCCGACCGGGAAGGGGCAUGAUCGGGGCGGGGCCGGAAAGGGAGGGACCGGCAAGGGAGGGGGCGGGGACUGAUCGGGGCGGAGCCAUCGAUGGCAGGCGCACGCAGAGAUCGCCGAGCUGUCGAGCAGGGGCAGCCUUCCGGAACCUCAGAGCUGGUCACCAUCUGCAUUCUGAGGACGAUCUGGGGAUCUGCUCUUUUGCCCUCAUUCAAUCACGUGAAGCCUGGUGGGACACUGCGAUGGCGGCUCAGAUGACUGAUGCUCAUCGGCGGUUCUUGCAGGUUCUGAUGUCUAAGGGGAUAACAGAAGGAUCAGAGGCCAGGAAAUUACACCACCACUGCUGUGAAACUGAUAAAGUUUACUACGCACACGAUAAACUGGACGAUUUCAUCAGCACUAUUAACAGGCACCUGCAGCCUUUGUUUAUGCAGGUCAGGAAAGGAAUGUCAGAAGAGGAUGGGAGAGCACAUUAUGCUGUAGUGAAUUUGGCAGAAACUGAAAUAACUAAAAUGGCAUCUGACUAUACGGAAAUUGAAUUAGAGUUGUUCAGAAAAACAAUGGACCUAAUCAUUUUAUCAGAAAAUGGCUUUGCCUCAUCUACAGAUAUUUUAAACUUGGCUGACAAACUUAAGACAAAGAAAAUGAAGAAAAAGGAAGCAGAACAAGUGCUGAAAGUUUUUGUGGAGGAUAAGUGGCUCUCUGAGAAAAAUGGAGAAUAUACUCUGCAUACUCGUUGCAUAAUUGAAAUGGAACAGUACAUUCUCAGCAACUACCAGGACAUGGCAAGGAAAUGUAACAUCUGUCACAGCCUCGCAGUCCAGGACAGAUUUUUUUUAAUCAUCACUCCUGGAUUUCAGAGCCAAGUAUGUGAAUCCUGUGGAAUUGGAAUGCAUUUACCUUGCGUCAGAAAGUACUUCAAAGCUCAGACUGAACCCCGUUGUCCGAAGUGUAAUGAAUUCUGGUCUUGUGACAUCCCAGGUAUGAGUCGGAUGACCUCCCAGUCACCAUAGAGCUCCGUUCUCAGCCCUAGAUGAUGCCAGUAGAACUUGCUGUCAGUGACAGCUGUUUUCACUCACUCUGGCAGAACAGCUAGACUGUGUUUUAUUCAUUAGUAACAGUGGCCAGUGUACUUAUUUUCUGAAGUUCUAAGAAUCUUAUAAUAAAACUAUUGUUGACCUUCCUGUUCUCCUUCACAGUAA